AUUCAUAUACAACAAAGUCACACCCAUAACCUCUUGUUUCUAAUUAUUACUCAUUUCUCAGUUCUUCCUCUGUCCAUGGAAUCCGCAGCUCAUGUUGCUCUUAUUUCCAGCCCCGGAAUGGGCCAUCUUUUCCCCGCACUCGAGUUCGCCACGCGCCUCUCCACGCGCCACCGUCUCACCGUCACUGUUUUCAUCGUCCCCUCCCGCUCCUCCUCCGCCGAAAACAAAGUCAUCGCCGCCGCCCAAGCAGCUGGUCUCUUCACCGUUGUCGAACUUCCUCCCGCCGACAUGUCUGAUGUCACUGAAUCCUCCGUUGUCGGCCGCCUCGCCAUCACCAUGCGCCGCCAUGUCCCGAUACUCCGCUCCGCGGUCUCCGCCAUGACCUCCCCUCCCUCCGUCCUCAUUGCUGACAUCUUCUCCAUCGAAUCCUUCGCCGUCGCGGACGAGUUCGACAUGAAGAAAUACGCGUUCGUUGCCUCCAAUGCAUGGUUCUUAGCCGUCAUGGUUUACGCUCAGGUGUGGGACAGGGAGAUCGUUGGCCAGUACGUGGACCAGAAAGAACCGCUUCAAAUCCCAGGAUGCGAAUCGGUUCGGCCAUGCGAUGUUAUCGACCCACUUCUGGACCGGACCGAACAGCAAUAUUUCGAAAUCUUGAAAUUGGGGAUGGGGAUAGCAUCGAGUGACGGCGUUUUGGUUAACACGUGGGAUGAGUUGCAAGAUCGCACGCUCGCAUCUUUAAACGACCGGAAUCUGUUGGGUAAAAUCUCACCGCCGGUUUACUCUAUUGGACCAAUCGUGAGGCAGCCCGGUUCGAAGAAAGGCGGUUCGAGUGAGUUGUUUAAUUGGUUGAGUAAGCAACCCAGUGAGUCGGUGAUCUACGUGUCGUUUGGGAGCGGUGGAACGCUGUCGUUUGAGCAAAUGACAGAAGUGGCUCACGGCUUGGAGAUGAGUCGGCAGAGAUUUGUUUGGGUGGUACGCGCCCCAAAGGUAAGAUCGGACGGUGCAUUUUUUACGACGGGAGACGAGAGUGAGGAGCAAUCGUUGGCGAAGUUUUUGCCAGAGGGAUUUUUGGAACGCACGAGCGAGGUGGGGUUCGUAGUAUCAAUGUGGGCGGACCAGACAGCGGUGCUAGGGAGUCCAGCGGUGGGAGGUUUUUUCUCUCACAGCGGAUGGAACUCGGCGUUGGAAAGCAUUACAAAUGGAGUACCAAUGGUGGUGUGGCCAUUGUAUGCAGAGCAACGAAUGAAUGCCACAAUGCUAACUGAGGAGAUCGGAGUGGGUGUCCGAUCAAAGGAGCUACCAACGAAUGCAUUGAUUGAAAGAGAGGAGAUCGCAGCUAUGGUAAGGAAGAUAAUGGUGGAGGAAGAUGAUGAAGGGAAAGCCAUUAGGGCAAAGGCUAAGGAACUUCAAAGGAGUGCUGCGAAAGCGUUGGGAGAAGGUGGUUCAUCGCACCACAACUUUGCUCGUGUUGUCAAAUUGUUUGGCUGUUAAGUAUAUAUAUAUAUAUAUAUAUAUAUAUAAUUGUCUCUCGAAUUUCACUGUUUGAUUGCUAGUAAAAAAGUAUAUGUGGUUGUCACUAGUGAGAGUAAUGUUUUAGAGUGGUUUUUCUUCUAAUUGACUCUUUUGGUUUAAUAACGUCGGGUAAAAUUUCAUAAUAUAUAGUUGCGUACUGUUUUUGUAUA